AUGGACAAGGUAUUCAGGGCAAAGGAUAAGGCAAGAAAGCAUAUAACUGGGGACUACACAAAGCAGUAUGAACUGUUGAGGGACUAUGUUCUCGAACUUGAAGCCACCAACCCAGACACCACAGUGAAAAUAGAUGUAUGUUCUGAGCCUAACCCUGAUUCCCCAACUAGGCAGUUUAGAAGAAUUUAUGUGUGUUUGGGUCCACUGAAAAAAGGGUUCAAGACAUGCCUUAGGGACUUAUUAGGUUUUGAUGGUGCCUUCAUGAAAGGACCAUUCCCUGGGCAAGUCCUUUCAGCAGUUGGUCUUGAUUCCAAUAAUGGAAUAUACCCAUUAGCAUAUGGGAUUUUUGAGUCUGAAAACACAGAAAGCUGGAAAUGGUUUUUAGAUAACCUUGGGGAUGACUUGGACCUUGGAAGAAACUCAAAUUUUACUUUCAUAAUUGAGCAAAUUGUUCCCAAUGUUGAGCAUAGAUAUUGUAUCAGACAUAUUCAUGACAAUAUGAGGAAAAGAUGGAGGCAAACAGAGUACAGGGACCACUUAUGGAGGUGUGCAUCAGCUACCACCAUUCCUGAGUUUGAACAUUUGAUGAAGGAGUUUAGUCAGUAUGAUAAGGCAUGUGAAUGGUUGAAGCAAAUUCCUCCUAAACAUUGGGCAAGGAGUCAUUUUUCAGGAAGAGCAGUUUCUGAUGUGAUGAUAUCAAACAUGUGUGAAGUGUUUAAUGGGAAGAUAAAGAAAGGAAGGGAUAAACCUGUCAUUGGAUGUUUAGCAUUCAUAAGGGAGUAUCUAAUGAAGAGGAUAUGCAAUGUCAUGAAGGAAAUGAAAAAGGCUAAAGGUCCACUAACAUCCACAGCAACAGACAUCCUAGCUGCAAGAAAAGCAGUUGCUUCACAAUACAUUGCUAGGUGGAAUGGGGGAGACAAGUAUCAAGUCACAGGAGCUUUGCAGGAUCAACAUGUGGUUGAUGUUAGGAACAAAACAUGCACUUGCAGAAAAUGGGAAUUAAUUGGAAUUCCAUGCAGACAUGCAAUUGCAACUCUGAAUGAGAUGAGUAAAGACCCAGAGGCUGAGCUUGACAUUUACAAAUGGGUUCACAAGGUGUAUUUUCUAGAGACAUGGAAAAAGGCUUAUUAUUUUAAGGUGGAUCCAAUUAAGGGUAGAUCCAUGUGGCCCAAAAGUGAAUGUCCCACAAAGCUAAUCCCUCCUCCACAUCGCACUCAGGUGGGAAGGCCUAAGAAAAAGAGAAGACAAAGUGAGGGUGAAAGGUUAAGCAAAAAGCAUAAGGCAAGUCAAGGUGAUGGAGUGAAUGCUGCACAAGAAGGAGGUUCCCAAAAACCAACAAAUGAUGGAGUGCAGAAGCUAUCAAGGAAGCAUAUCAGUGUUACUUGUAGCAAAUGCAAGAACAAGGGACACAACUCUAGGACCUGUAAAGGGCAAGGUGGGAAUCAAUCCAAGAAGUAA